AAGAACGGACCUCAGUGCAUCACAUUGGAAAUAUGUAUUGGAGAGUGAACUGUGGGAGUUGGGACAAAGGAAGACUGACAUUUUGCCUUCUCUUCAGCUGAGCUACAUGCAUUUACCACUCCAUUUGAAGAGAUGUUUUGCAUUCUGUGCUGUGUACCCAAGGAUGAAACAUUUCAGAAAGAGCGUUUAGUUGAAAUUUGGGUGGCUGAAGGAUUGGUGGAACCUGAAGGUGACAGCCCACCUACAAGUAUUGGUUGUCGGUACUUUGAAGAACUUGUGAAUGAGUCAUUCUUUCAAGAAGUCUCUGGCUCAUACGUAAUCCCUCAUUUGCUGCAUGAUAUGGCACGACUAGUUUCAAGGAAUGACUGCUUCAUCAUAAGGGAAAAGGCUGACUUUGGAAAAGUUCCUCCGGAUGUUCGUCAUCUGUCAAUACUCUCUAGGAAAGGCAUUGACAAAGCCGACUUGUUGAGCCUGUGCAAGCACACAAAGCUGCGUACCCUACUUUUCAGGAGUAAAGAUAUAUCUUCUGUAAUAGACCAUUGGUGCAGCAGCCUUCAUCGUUUGCGUGUGAUGUGUUGUGGCUCUACAAAUGAGUUACCAGAUAGCAUUGGCAACUUGAAGCAUCUUCGGUACCUUGAAAUCACCGGAGGUUGUUCUUUGAACAGCGUUCCUUUGGCAUUCUGUUACCUCUAUAGUCUGCAGAUUGUAUAUGCCAGGAAUUGCAGGCUUGAAACCAUGCGCGGCGACUUCAGUAAUUUGAUCAGUUUAAGGAGAUUUGAAUCGCAUGGAUUUGACUAUUCUCUAGGGUGUGUCCUAGAUAUUGAUUUGGCAUAUUGGCAAGGACUAGGACUUGGAUUCAUAAAGAAUGUGUCGUCAGAUGUUAAAGGUUUGUGCUUACGUAAUCUUGGCUACAUAAGCAAGAAUCAGGCAGCAGAGCUGGAACUGAAGAAUAAGCAACGUCUCAACAGCCUGGAACUGAACUGGCGUUGGUACCGACGUGAGGAAGACAAUGAUAGAGAUAUAGAAGUGCUUCAAGCUUUACAACCUCCCACUAGUCUCAUGUCUCUGCACCUCAAGCGCUACGGAGGUGUGUUUCUUCCAAUAAGCUGGUUUGGUCCACAGAACUUGCAAAGCUCGACAUCACUUACAGUUGAUACUAGGUGUGAUGGACUAGAGAGCAAGUUGUUGGCAGAGGGCACAUCAUUUUCAAGGGUCUCACAGCGGAUAGAUGACCUAAACGAGAUGCUAGUUGACAGCAACCAAGACACCACUUGUAUUUUCCCGUCCAUGACAGAGCUCACCAUAUCUGAGUGCGGAAAGUUAUCUAGCCUCGAACAUCUCAUACAGCCAGCUUAUAUUCCAGCCAUCAAGAAGAUAACAAUAGAGAAUUGUAAAUCUCUUACAAGUAUUGGGCACAACCUUUUGGGCAGCAGCACUAGAGGACCACCAUUCUCAUCCCUUACUUCCCUAAUAGUAUGCUCAUGUGAAGAGCUGUCAACCAUUGAUAACCUCCUAUCACAAGAAUAUCUACCUGUCAUUCACAAGAUAAAGGUUGAAUGGUGCUAUAAGUUAAUGUCGCUGCCUGUUGGAAUUGGGAGUUUAUCUUCUCUGCGUCAGUUGGAGAUCAGCGGAUGCCCCAGCAUCAGAUGGCCAAGCGGAUUGGUGUUCCCAUCUUCCCUCGAGUCGCUCAACUUAGAUGAAUGUGGGGAUAUGUCUGCAUGUGUUCCCAGCUGCCUAGAGAACCUUACAUCCCUCGUCUCACUGAGUCUCAAGAAAUGUGUGGGUAUACAAGUCAUUCCAGAAAAGGUAUGGAGCAAAUCACUCCAGCAACUAUGGAUUACAGACUGUCCAGACCUUGUGUCAAUAGGUGGAGCAGGGGCAAUCGCACAACUGAGGGUGGUGAUUAUUAAAGAAUGUCCAAAGAUGGAGGACAAGAUAAAGCAGCCUCACACGAGAGGCUGCUUUAUUAACUAGGACCUGAUCUGGGAAGGAAAAUCGAUAUGAUCGUCGUCGUCCAACGGGCUGAAUCAAUUUCACUGCAUGCAUGCAUGGCAGAUUCUUGGUGUUUUACUCCAUCCAACCUCGAUCGUACCCUUUUUUUUUAUGGUAGGUACUCCCUCUGUAAACUAAUAUAAGAGUGUUUACAUAACUAAAGUAAUGAUCUAAACAUUCUUAUAUUAGUUUACGGAGGGAGUAUCAGUUGCUACAGAAGAAGGUAACCUGUCAUACGUGUCAAAUGCUUAGCUUCAUCGCACGGCUGGGUAGCAAACAAGUGAGGAUAAAAACGGUGUAUGCUAUAAUGAUUGUAUCUUGACAUUUGUUUUGGCUCAAAUGAUUGUAUUGCAAUUUUAA